AUGAUUCAAAGUAUCAAGCCCCUCUUAGCCCUCGCGUACAUUGGCUCCCAGUCACUGGGACAAUCAACAAACACCACCUCUCUUGAAAACUGCCCUUCAGCAAUUCAAAACAUUGGCGGCGGUCGCACACAAUUCAACUCUACUGGGACAAGGCCAUUCAAGUUGAUUCCGAACCAGGAAGAUGACUGGUAUCUGUCUUACACCUUGACUGAUUUACGCGGCGAAAACAUGAAAUUUGGCCCCUGGGUCACUAUGCAAGACCUCAGCGUCUACCUCAGUGUCCCUCAGUCAUUUAUUGGCACUCAGCAGGGCAACAACACGGACUUCUGCAUGUACUUGAUGCCGGGACGGAAUGAUACCUUGACUUAUUCUGGAGACGACGCCUCUAGGUCCUGCGAAGGCGUGCUGAGCGACAAUUGCAUAAGGGCCCUCCGAAGUACACCGCCGCCAGCAGAGGGCGAUUGCCCCAGGGCGGACAUUAGCGCAGCAUGCGGCUUCAGCACUGUUGUUGGUCGUGGUCUGCACCUUCCAACUUUUCUGAUUCUGGGUGCACCGUCGACCACAUCCCCCACAUCGAUCUUCCGGAGGGAUAUCGCACCUAUGGCGGUUUCGUAG